AUGUCAAUUCCAGGGUUUGCAGGGAAUAUAGAUCCAAACCAGCCUGGUGCUGAGAACCAGGUCACCGAAAUCAAGGUUCCUGCGCUUUCUGAAUGGCGUUUUGAGGUGCCUUUCAAGUGUAUCAUGAAACUUAAGGUAACCGAAGGCAUAGCUGAAAUCUUUGGCACAGAGCUUCCGUCUGGCGUCGAUAUACGGCUUACGGGUGUGAAAUAUGCUGUUUAUGCUCCUACACAAGGCUGUACACUUGAGUACACUUUGACUCCCAAUAAGGAAAACAUCAACAUCUCCAAUGAGAGUUCCAAUAUCAGUGAAUACACUUCAGACGAACUGGCAAUGCCACACCACCAGAACCUUCAUUUUGCUCUUGAGCUUUUGCGUCAGGAGGCUGCUGCCGUGGAGCUGAAAAAGGGACCCAAGGUGCUUAUAUUGGGUAACAAGCAGAGUGGGAAGACUGCUUUGGCUAAGACCCUCGUUUCGUAUGCUGUGAAAAUGGACCACAUGCCACUUUUGGUGAACUUGAACCCUCAGGAUGGUGUAUUUUCCGUGCCUGGCUCACUCACAGCCACGCCGAUUUCUGAUAAUCUAGAUUUGGAAAGUGCUGGUGGAUGGGGUGGUUCUACGACCCUGGGAGCUACGUUCCAUAACCCCAAGCAGCCGCUUGUUAAAAGUUAUGGAUACGAUAAUAUCGAAGAGAAUUUGGAGUUGUUUAAGUACCAGGUAUCGCAAUUGGGAGUGGCUGCGCUUUCUAGAAUGGAGGCUGAUAAGGCGAUCAGAACAAGUGGAUUCGUCAUUGACACUCCUCCGUUGAACAUCAAGGAUGUUACGGUCAUUGAGAACAUCCUUUCUGAUUUUGAGAUUGAUCUUGUGGUUGUUGUGGGUAAUGAGAGACUUACUGUCGAUUUGAAGAGGAAGUUCCACCACAGAAUUGAAAAGAACCUGCUUGAUAUUAUCAAGAUCCCACCAUCGGGAGGUGUCGCUGAAGUUGACGACUCUUUCAUCAGAAAGCUCCAGGAAGACACUAUCAAAGAGUACUUCAACGGUAACUACAAGACGAGGUUGUCGCCUUACAAAACGGACGUCGACCUUACAACUUUCCAGGUUUACAAGAUCGUCAAGCUCUCAGAGUUCAAUUCCCAAAUGGCAUUCUUGCCUUCUGGUGAUGAUUACGCUCCAGAAGAGACUGGUGAGUCUGAUACAAAGAAGGAAGAGAGUUCGUUAGACAAGUUCUACGCCAAGCUUGAGGACCCACUGAGUUCCAACUUGGAAAAUUCUAUUGUCGCUAUAACCAACGUACCAAUCCCACCGGCAACCGUAUUCUUGGGUACGCACAUGUUUCCCGAGUAG